GGUAGGCGGAGUUUGUUUCCUUGUCUCUUCCCCCCAGUCCCCUCUUCGGAAGUGGACACUCGCUGUCUACUUUCCCCAAAUUGAUUAUUUAUAUUUUACCAAAACACCUCAAAUGGAAGCCAAGAUGGACGACUGAGCCAAAAGCAGGUCCCCGAUUUCCCUGACUUUCCGGAACUGAGUGGACCGGAUGAAAUCCAACCGUGGUUUUCUCCGCUUCGCAGGGGAGGUAGCUGUAUCCAGUGGGGAGGAAGGCUGAACCAGGGUGAGAAAGAAUGAAGUUCUCUGAACCCUGGGGAGUCAACAGGCUGGCUUUUCUUCUAGAAAAGGCCAUGUCUAGGGAAGCCAAGAUGUGGAAGCUCUAUGUUCCAAAGAAGCCCUCCUCACAGGAUACAGAUAUCUCCCCGACUCAGCGGGACAAGGCCAUUUGCUGGCUAACGGAGCUCCAUGGCAGACUGCAGCUGUACCCAGAGACUCUGGUGUUAGCUAUUAGCAUUCUGGACCGCUUCCUGGCUUCCAUCAAGGCCAGGCCAAAGUACCUCCGCUGCAUCGCAAUUGCCUCUUUCUUCGUGGCUAUUAAGACCUGUGAGGAGGAUGAGUGUGUGCCCUCCCUGAGGGAGCUGGUUGCGGCCAGCAGCUGUGGCUGUUCUCCAUCAGAGAUCCUGAGGAUGGAAAGAAUCAUCCUCGACAAACUCAACUGGGAUCUCCACAACGCCACACCGCUGGACUUCCUGCAUAUUUUCCAUGCAAUGGUGUUGUCGUGCUGUUCUGGGCUUUUGGACUAUUUGGGACUCAACUGCUCUCAGCAUCUUGCCCUGCUCACACGCCGACUUUACCGCUGUUUGGCCAAUCACUCACUCGUUCAGCUUAGGGGAUCCAUGCUGGCCUUGGCCCUCAUCACUCUGGAGCUGGAGACCUGCUGCCCCGACUGGCUAGCUCUCACCAUUGAGCUGCUAAAGAAGGCUCAGAUCAACACCUCUGAGUUGAUUCGCAGUCGAGAGCUUGUCGCAUGUAGUCUGUCCACACUGAGAGUUUCCCUGCCUCCAAACGCCGUCUACAUCUACCAACCCACCCUCCAACUUCCAGCACAGGACCCUCAGGGGAGCGCCUACAUUGAGUCUUCCACACCAGCUGGAGUAGAGGAGGGGCACCAGCAACCCUGCGGCCUCCCAGCACUCCUCUCCCCUCCCAAACCGUUGCGUCACCUCAACCACCUGCACAAAGUCACCAUGGGCUGCAAGGCUUCGACAAAGCGAAAGGUGGAGGAGAUGGAGGUGGAUGACUUCUUUGACGGUAUCAAACGCCUGUAUAAUGAAGAUGGUGUCCCCGCUACCGCCUUGCAGGAGGGGGCAGUGCAUGCCUUGGGGGCCAUGACACCAGCAAGCGCAGAGGGAGGCCAACAGGAAGGCAGCUCCUCCCCCUGUCCUCCACUGCAGCCGGUGUGUUCCUCGUAGGAAGCGGUCCCUUCCAGCUGUGCUCAUCGCAGCCAUCUUGCCACUGACGUGAUCGUACGAAUCUUUUGAAGUCAAAGGUUUUUGGGAUGCACCCUCUCAAGAUCUUCCACUUCAUUCAGUGUCACAUCAGUGGUUCAGUUGGUUUUGAUCAGCACAAUCCGUCCCCCAGAAUUCAGUCGUUCAGCUAUCUUGAGCUCAGUUCCCGUCAACCCCCCCUUCAGCCGGAAAACAGUCUCCCCCCCAAAAAAAAUACAUAAGUAGAAACCUGCUGCUAUCAUUGUUACUGAUAUUAUUUGUCAUAAAUGUACAAAAAAAAUAUGAAAAAAAACUUACUCCCAAAAUACUACUGUACUAUGUUUGUAAAAUUUGUAUUUGUUUUCCCCUUCAAUCUGCUGUCUUGUAUUCACUGUCCACUCCUCUCUUUAUGCCUCUGUAACAAUCAAACUUUUGAAUGUUUCUGACUAGAAAAUGAACUGUUCCUCACACAGAAAGAGAACAUUUCAAUAUUUAGCAUAAAGCACUUUUUGAUAGCGUACACAUGAAAUGCCAGCGAAGCCCUCGUUGAGGUGACUUAAUUGAAUAAAGGUGUCUUGGGGUGCUAAAUUGAUGCUUUGGAUUCAAACUGAAAUGAGUUGUUGAAAGGAAAAUUAAAAAAAAAUCUAUACAUUUUGGUCAUGGAAACAACUGCAGCAAUUCACCUUUAACCACACGCUAUAACAGAAGCAUCCAGUUGACAAAUGCUGUAUAAAAGUCAUCUUUCAAAAAUAAUCCAAGCUAAUUGAGAAGCCAGUUUUGCACGGCAAGGCCAAAUAUUUCCAAUUUCCCACCAGACGAAUGUAGAUGUGUGGAUGAAGAACCAGGCCAAAUUGCAUUUGGCUAUUGGCCAAAGAAAUUUCAAAUCAAGAGUUUCAGAUACCUCGUAGUACAUCAGAAAGGCAUUUUAAUAUGAAGCAUCAGAAAAGUGUGCGCUUCUGUCUGAACUCAACACAGAUGAAAUGAGUGAAGAGAGUAAUAACAUGCUGUGAUUUUAAUCUGUAGAUGUUUAAUUCCUCCUAAAAGCUCUGUUACCUGCUGGAGGGGCCUGAGGGAUGCUGCUCCUGGUACCUGAACGCACCAUAAUACAGCACAAGCAAAUAAAAAGAGUGACAACUGA